CCACAAAUGCCUUUUAUCCAGUGAAUACUAAUUAUGUCCCUUCAUUCAGUGAGCUUUCACUUCCACUGUAACUAACAUGCUCUCUCACUCACUCUUAUUAUACUCUCCUUCCACUCUCACUCAUGACUUCCAAAACGCGUCGUUUAACCACCUGUCACCGUCACCCUUCUAAACCCAUCACCGGUUUCUGCGCAUCCUGUCUCACCGAACGUCUCGCCGGCAUCGAAUCCUCUUCAUCCCAACCGGAGCUCCGCCGUACCAAAUCUUGUUCCGGCAGUGCCGUCGCUGACCAACCGUCCUCCGCCGCCGUUGAGCCCCGCCGAAGGUCCUGCGAGAUCCUCGCUGCUCCGGAGCAGCAGCGUAACACGCUUUCGGACCUUUUCAACAUCGACGAUGAUACGAAGACGAGGAAGAAGAAACAGACUCCAAAUCGAAAUCUCGAAAUCGAUCCGAGAAACUCCGGUUUUGAAGCUAGGGAUUUCGACGGCGGUGACACUAUUAUUAGGGUUCUCGUUGAAGAUGAAGAAGAAGAGACGAAGACGAUGAAAGAGUUUAUAGAUCUCGAAUUGCGUAGCAGAAAAAACGAAGAGAGAGAUUCCAGAGGGAGUUUCUGGGACGCGGCUUCAGUUUUCAGCAAGAGAUUGAGGAAAUGGAAACGGAAACAGAAGUUGAAGAGAAACCGCACUGCAUGCGACGGUUCUGUCACCGGCAAUGGCGUUGGUUUGACGCGGAUGGAAGAUGAAAAGCAAAGGUCGAGAAAUUUGAGAGAGACGCAAUCUGAGGUUGGAGAAUAUGGUUUAUCAUUAGGUAGAAGAUCAUGCGACACUGAUCCUAGGUUAUCUGUGGAUGAUUCGAGGUUUUCAUUUGAUGCGCCUCGAGCUUCUUGGGAUGGUUAUUUGAUUGGGAAAUCGUGUUCAAAGUUUUCACCAAUGGUUGCUAUUAAUGGUGAUAGGGUUUUGGUUGAGGAAGAUGAAGAAGAGGAUGAAGAAGAAGAGGUGAUGAAUUUGGAAUGUUGUGGUGGUAAUGGUGGAGAGCAUUAUCCUGGUGGUUCAGCUGACACCAAGCAUUACUAUUCCGAUCGGAGAGGAAGGAGUUUUGGUCGGUCAAACUCUCGUAGGAAAUCUUCCGUGAUUGGUGAUGUUGAUGAAUUGAGAGUGAUAUCUAAUGCCAAGGUUUCUCCGGCCACAACCGAGUUAUUCUAUGGUGCAAAGGUCCUAAUCACUGAAAAAGAUUUGAUAGAUGCUAAUUUGAAAUCGAUGAAUAAUGUUAAUGUUCAAUCUGAUUGUACAAUAGGGUCUGCUUCUAAGGAAGCUUGUGAUGUUGAAAUCAGAAGCGAUCAAAAGGGACUGAACAAGUUUCACAAAUGGGGCAAGUUGUGGAAUAAGUUGGGAUUAGUACACAGGAAAAAAGAAGAUAAAUUGAGAGAGGAGGAAUGUGUUGCCGGUGAUGUUGUUAAUAAGCCGAUUGCAGAGUCUUGGCAGAAGCUGAGGAGGGUUGUUAAUGGACAAGGGAGUGAAUCAGUUAGCCAGAAGCUUAUUCGUAGCUAUAGUGUUAGUUGUAGAAAUCAUCAUAGUAGAAUGGCUGGUUUAGUCAAUGGCCUUGGAGGUUCUGAAACCAAAGGCAAUGUUUUGAAUGGAAGACAGGAGUUUACGCUUCAAAGGAAUCGGAGUGUUAGGUAUUCGUCGAGUAAUGUUGACACUGGCCUGUUGAGAUUCUAUUUGACACCGUUGAAGAGCUAUAGGCGAAGCAGGUCUGGAAAGAGUAGCUCAAAGGAUUUGAAUCCAACAGCCAGAAGUUUUUUGUAAAGAUGUAACUUUGGAAUGAAUAUCUGGUUGAAAAGUAAUAUAUAGUGUUGUUGUUUCUUUUCCAUGAGAUAAAGUUUAUCACAUUGUUAGAUUUUGGUUGCAGUUGUUCACAUUAUGUUGUUAGCAGAAUAGAACAUUGAUACCACCAUAUUAUUGGCAUAAUAAAUUUCUGAUUGCAACAUUUAUAGGAGUAACAUGAUACACAACUCUAGAUUUUACUAGAUUUUAAUGCAGAAGACCUUUUAAUUUGGGUAAAAUGCAGGUUAGGUUUUCAAUGUUUGUUCAGGUAGCAUGUAAUAUGCUUUACCUUCCAAUUUCUGCCUCAGUUUGCUGUUGUUAUAGAUAUAUGAAUUAUAGCUUCUUCUCAA